AUGACUCAAACAGCCCCCUUCCACCGCCGCUCUCCUUCAUCUCCUCAUGUCUCUAAGUCCAAGUCUACUCGUCCUAGCUUACAUCGACGAGGAACAUCCGGUGCCAACGUCUCAAUCUCUAAACUAGGUUCGGGACAAAGGGCUGCGAGCAAGCCGCCUACGUCUUCGGACGAUACUGAGUUUGACAUGGCUAGCUUCUUAAACUUUUGCGCCAUGUGUGAGAACCAGAUUACUGUCCCCAACAACACUUUAUUAUAUUGUAGCGAAAGUUGCCGCCGCAAAGACUCCUGCAAACCUCUCUCAGCAUCACUACCCUCAAUGUCCUCCAUGUCUUCCACCUCCACACCACCCGCAUCUCCCCCUCUCUCUCCACGCACCAUCGUGCCCCCAAUGACCCCAACCAGGGUGCCAAGUAACUCAAUCCCUGCCAUGCGGAUACCCAGCCACGUGCAUGAUGCCAAGUCAGAUCUUGACCCCACCGAGUGGAAGCCCGUAUUAGCGCGCAGCGCCUCAUCCCUGGCUUCCUCCGACGCAUGGAACUAUCUCUCCCAGUUCCACCGCGGCAGCGGCGAGCCCAUGCUUCCCCGGCCCACCGUGCAACGCAGCAGCUCCAGCCUUCCCGCCCUUGCUGGAGGUGCAGCCCACGGCUACGGUCACGUGCCCGGUUUGACCAACACCCCGUCUACCGUGGCCUCGUCCUUCAGCAGCACCGCUUCCGACUACCUAGGCAGCAUGUACGAGUCUCGCCCGCUGCCCCCGCGUCACAACCCGUACUUUUCUGGUACGAGCGUGACCAAGGGCGUCGAGCUGGUCGUCCCGCACAUCGCUUCUGCGCACGAGGAUCUCGGUCCUAUCGGUGUCUCGGACAGCGGCUCUAUUUUCCCGGCCAGCAGUGCUGUGUGGGGAGAAAACUCGUACGAGAAACGCUCUGCUCCCAUCAGCAUGACUCAGAGUAUUGGCGGCCGGCCCGCCGAGACUUGCGUGAAGAACUGA